AUCUCCAGUCUGGAAAAGAAGCUGCAGUCCGAGCUGAUGGAAAAUGGAGGAACCUUCUCUGUAGGUCAGAGACAGCUGUUGUGUCUCAGCAGAGCUCUGCUACGAAACUCAAAGAUCGUCCUAUUGGACGAGGCGACAGCGUCCAUCGAUGCAGAGACGGACGCUCUGCUCCAGAUCACCAUCAGAGAGGGCUUCAGGUCCUGCACGGUGCUCACCAUCGCUCACCGCAUCAACACCGUGAUGCAGGCCGACCGCAUCCUGGUCCUCGACAGCGGACAGGCUGUGGAGUUUGAUCAUCCUGACGUGUUGAAACAGAGACCAGACUCUCUGUUCUCGUCUCUGCUGAAAGCGUCCAACACUGUGAUGUCCUGA